ACGGUAAUAAGUUAAUGAAAGUAAAACUGGUGAAAAAACAGCAACCAACCAACAGUAGUACCAAUCUAGCCGGCAAAACUCAACCAUCCGAUACUCCACCACCAGUAACGGCAAACUGUAAUGCUGAAUCUAAAAAGUUAAAAAUGAAAGAAUCACCUAGCGCAUCUCAGAAUUCAGCAACGGAUAUACAACUAGUCAUGAAAAUAGGAUGUAUGAUGGUAUGGUGGAUUAGUUGGAGUUUUAUAAACGGAGCGUAUAAAUAA